CUUCUUUUUGGAAAAAAACAUGCUAGUAUUUUUCCUGAAAAUUUUGAGACAAAGGACUGGGAGAUACAUUUGUGUCCAGUUGCUACAAACUCUGAAUAUUCUGUUUGAGAAUAUUAGCAAUGAGACCUCACUGUAUUACCUUCUUUCCAACAACCAUGUCAACUCCAUCAUUGUCCACAAAUUUGAUUUCUCUGAUGAAGAGAUUCUUGCUUAUUACAUAUCAUUUCUCAAGACUCUGUCCUUGAAGUUGAACUCCCAUACAAUCCAUUUCUUCUACAACGAGCAUACAAAUGAUUUUGCAUUGUAUACAGAAGCAAUCAAAUUUUUCAAUCAUUCAGAGGGCAUGGUUCGCAUUGCAGUGAGGACUCUCACUCUCAAUGUUUACAAAGUGAAUGAUAAAGCUAUGCAGACAUACAUCCGUAACAAGACAGCUGUACCUUACUUUUCAAACCUUGUGUGGUUUAUUGGUAAUCAUGUGCUGAACUUGGACACCUGUAUCAGAAAUGAUGUUGAUCACCAAAGUAAAGACCGCUUAUCCACAUUAGUAGCUGAGCACCUGGAUCAUCUGCAUUAUGUUAAU